AUGGGUUGUUGUCUUAGCAGCGCAAGCAAAUCUUCUCCCCCUGUUUCUGCUUCUCACCCUACCUCAAAAAGCGGCAACCGGUCAACCGCGGAAACCAGAGCUCCGCCGCCGGACUGCGACGAGGAAACCGUCAAGGAAGUCCUCUCCUCCGAAACCCCUAACCCAAAGCCUCCCCACAGGCCGCCGCCGCCGCAGCAGCAGCAGCAUUACUCUGCCAUUCCUCCUUCCAAUUCGCCGCCGAAUCCGGUGAAUCCGCAGCCGGAGGAGCCGAUUGUUGUCCAGGAGAAGAAGGAAAUUCCAGCGCCGGUGGUAGAGGAAGAGGAGAUCUCGGAGCACGUGAGCGUGAGCUUCAGCAUGAGCGAGAGCGCGAUGUCGACGGCGACGACGGCCAACGACGAGGAGGUCACGAUGAAGCAGAUGAAGGCGGGGAAGAUGUCCUCCGCGAGGAUGAAUCGGGCGUUUUCCGCGGCGGAUUCGGGUCCGAGGAAGGAACAAAGAGUGGUGGGGAGGUCGCCGACUCGGCGAUCUGACCGGUCCCCGGUGAAGAGGAAUUACUCCGGCAGCGGCGGAGCUGGGCAGCAGGUGAGGAUGGUUCAUCAUCAGGGUCCGAAUCCGGGUGCGAGAAGACCGUUGAGACCCGACCCGAGUAGGAGAGAGACGGGUGACAGCUCAGCAGCGAGGAGAUCGAGAUCGCCCGCUACUACCCACAGAUCUGCAGGGGCGGCGGGUACGGGUGCGGGUAGCCGGAACGGGUCGGUCAAGAGGGCGAACCAGUCGCCGGGUCGGGUUAGGAAGGAUCCGCCUGAAAUCAGUGCCAACAGUGAGGCAACAAAAUCCGGGAACGGUGGUAAUGAUGAUGAUGAUGAUAAGGAAGACGCUGCGGCAGCUAACGAGUCUCUGGAGAAUCCGCUGGUUUCGCUUGAAUGUUUCAUCUUUCUGUGA